AUGUCGUUUCACAUUGAGCAAGCCUUUGAAAUUGCAGGAGAAUUCAUUAAAGAAAGGAUGGAAAGUAUAGAAAACGGAUAUAAUGAAGGGAAAAGAAAAGAUUUCUUAGCUGUACUAGUGGAGUUUCGUGGUGAUGGCAUAGAGGAGCCAGCCAGGUUUUCUUCAACAACCUACUCAGUGAUCAUCAGCUCCAUGUUCACUGCAGGGACUGACACAACUUCAGGUACUUUAGAGUGGGCUAUGGCUGAGCUCCUACAUAACCCAAGAACGCUCGAGAAAGUCCAAGCCGAGAUGAGGAGUAUAAACCCCAGUAAAAAGAUUGAAGAAAAUGAUAUCGAAAACCUCCCUUACCUUCAAGCAGUGAUUAAAGGAACAUUAAGACUUCACCCACCACUUCCUUUCUUAGUACCACACAAUGCCAAGAACUCUUGCAAGAUGUUAGGUUACUAUUCCCAAGGAAACAAAAAUUUAGUCAACGUCUGGGCGAUUGGAUGAGGAUGAGACCCAAAAACUUGGGAUGACCCAUUAGUUUUCAAGCCAGAGAGGUUUUUAGAGCCUAAUUAUAUGGUGGAUUUCAAGGGACACCACUUUGAAUUUAUACCAUUCGGGUCUGGUCGUAGGAUGUCUCCAGCAAUUCCUCUCGCCUCUUGCGUCCUCCCUUUGGCGUUGGGGUCUUUAUUACACUCUUUUGAUUGGAUCUGGAUGUUGGCUGAUGGGCUCAAGCCUGAGAAUUUGGACAUGACUGAAAGAAUGGGCAUAACGCUUAAGAAAUUUGUCCCCUUGAAGGUCAUAUCAAUGCCUUAA